CUAGCCUAAAAUGAAAAAAUACAAGUUUAUCUCCAUGGUGUACAAAUUCGCAAAAAACUUUUACAGUGUAAAUCUGCUAUUUGAAGCAGUGGUUUUAAGUAAAAUCGUUGCGUGAUGAACGAAACUUGUUUAUCAUGGAGAUUAAUUAAGGUGCCUUCAAAAUUAAAUAAUCCAUAUAAUUUUGCAAAAAAAAAAAUAAAAAAAAUAAAUAAACCUAUGUAUUCAAGAAGAAAAUAGAAAGCUGUUUGUUGCUGUACAAAAUCCUAUCUAAUAUCACAUCCAUUAUUAAGUUAGAACUACAUAUAUGCCUAUAAUCUCUACAUACCUACAAUUCCUUCAGAUUGAAGAUUAUUUUUUGAUUCCACAAUCCAUGACAUGAGCCAAUCCAUAUCAUAAAAGUAUGAAUUAAAAUUUAUAUUUGACAAAUGAAUUAAUCCCAAAUCACCUCUCAAUAUUUUGCAUUUUUUUUAAAAAUUGUUUAGUUAAUGUCAUUUGUCACGGACAUUAGUUUUACAGGGAAACUAACCACUAGUAGUAACUAGUAAGAAGCAAAGCGCGUAGAAUGCCAAAAAUGAGCAACAACCAAAGCAAUCAAACCAAAAAUUACAUACAAACAAACAAACACCAAACCAUUUAACCAAAACUGCAACUAAAUACCAACAGACACUGUUAACAUAAAAGAAGAACUCUGAUCACAACACCCCCAUUUACCCUCCUUUCCAAUCACCCUCUUCUAUUCCUAUUGUCCAAUUUACCCCUUCUAUUUUACUCGUCCCAUUUUUCUCCAAAUUACCAAAUUUAUUCGUCCUAUCUACAUUUAUAAAAACUUUUUUUUUUCUCUUGAGUUAGGUUCCACACUCCCGCUCAUUAUUUAUUUUAUUUACUCAUUUCACUUGCAUAAAAUCCAAUACAACUAAUACAAGUAUGAAUAACGAAAAACCAAGUAAUUUGAGAUAGAGGUGUAAAAGAAUAUGAGUAAUUAAUACGAGUAAUAAAAAAGAAAAUAACAUAAAAAGCAGAUUGUAGCAUAGGCAUUUACCAUUCUCGUUCUCCUCAAUACCAUACUAUAUCUAGGAACACUCAAAACACACUUUUCUCUUCUCCAUUUUCCCUUCAUUUCUUCAUUUUAGCAUCAUCUUCAACAAUUAAACAAAUACCCACCAAAUAAUUUACAAAACAAAAAAAUGCAUGCGAAAACAGAUUCAGAUGUAACAAGUAUGGCAACAGUAAGCCCACCAAGAUCACCCUCAAGAAGAGUAGUAUACUACGUUGAAAGUCCAUCUUAUUCACAACAAGACCUCGACAAACUAUCAUACGCAACACUAAGUCCACCUACUUCUCCUACAAGAAACUACCAUUGUUCUCCAAUUCACCAUUCUCGAGAAUCUUCUACUUCUAGAUUGUUCUCUUCCACUUCCCUCAAACAGCAUUACCACCGCCGUGCCGGAAGUGGGUGGCGCCGGAUUUACGGCGGACUCCGGUUGGAUUACGGCGGCGCCGGCGAUGAGGAGAGAGAUUGUGAGGAGGAAGAAGAUGAGGAGGAUGGUGGGCCUAGUUGGAGGUUUUAUGUGGGGUGUUUUAUGAUUUCGUUUAUUGGGUUGUUUACUGUUUUUUCUUUGAUUCUUUGGGGGGCUGCUAAGUCUUUUCACCCUCAUAUUCUCGUCAAGAACAUGGUGUUCCUGGAUUACACAAUACAAGCAGGAAUGGACGGCACAGGAGUUCCGACAGAUAUGCUGUCUCUUAAUUCGACGGUCAGGAUUUCCUACAAGAAUCCCGCCACUUUUUUUGGAGUCCACGUCACUUCCACCCCUUUUGAACUCUACUACUAUCAACUCAAAGUUGCUUCUGGUCAGAUGAAGAAGUUCUACCAGAAAAGGAAGAGUCAUUCGAACAUAACCACAGUUGUGCAUGGACAUCAAAUCCCUCUCUAUGGAGGAAUGUCAGUUGUAUCCGAUGCAAUGAAAGGUAACAACUUGCAUAACAAGAAAGUGAAUGUGGGGUUGAAUUUAACAUUUACUCUGCGAUCAAGGGCUUACAUUCUAGGGAGGCUGGUUAAGUCUAAGUUCUAUAAGCAUAUCAGAUGCCCUGUCACGUUAGAUAGCACUCGUCUUGGCAAACCCAAGAAUCUGUUACACUCCUGUGUUUAUGGUGAGUGAAUGUUCGAGCCCAUAAUUAUGAAAACAUUAACAGCAGAUUAAUACUAGAUUUAAUGUUUUGCUGAUCAUUUGGUUUGUAGCUUAGGAAGAGAAAGUAAAUACUAACACUUAUUUUUGUUGUUGGUUUUGGAAGUGUACUUAAACAAAGCUUUGUCUUCAAGGAAUUAUCUGACAUUGCUGAAAGCAUUUGUUAUUGAAUUAAUUAUUUGGGCCUUUUAGAAUUUAUUUACAGUAGCAUCCUUCUGUAGAUGAGCAUCUCUCUAUUUCUUAUGCAAGUAGAAUAUUAGUCCCUACUACUUAUCAAGUAUGGCUUGGCCUUUGGCAGAGAUUUUUGUUUCCUACCUGAUUAGUCAGGUCAUUUUUACGGGUCUGCCAGCCAGGCUUGAUGACUGAUGCCCCAGGUCGAAAUGGGCCGGAUUAUUAGGCCACGGCCUGUCCUAGCCAUGUCCAUAUCUGCCAGUCUCAGAGUAGAAAGGGAACAUCAAGCUGUUACCCCUCCAAAAAAAAAAAAAAAUUGAAUAGCAGCUCAUGCAGUCCAUACUUGUUGAACUCUUUGUUACUUAAGUACUUGGAUUUUUAUCAAGUUGAGGUUUGGAGGAAACCUGCUUUAGGAAUUCAAUGGUUGUUUCAAUCUUUCAAGGCUCAACAUUCACUGGUUUAUUGCGGAAGUGUGCUAAAAAAUUCAGAUUCUGCUUACUGUAUUACUAAG